CGGCUUGAGAAACCUUCGAGGUUUUGAGGAGACAUCUCAACUGGCAGUCACAGCGCGCGCCGGGAGCCUCCGGAUCCGCCGCUUCCAUCACCGGCGUCACCAUGGGAGCUGUGCUGGGCGUCUGCUCCCUGGCCAGCUGGGUCCCAUGCCUUUGUGGUGGUGCAUCAUGUCUGCUAUGCGGUUGCUGUCCCAACAGUAAGAAUUCCACUGUGACUCGCCUCAUUUAUGCUUCUAUUCUCAUCCUUGGCACUGUUGUAUCCUGCAUCAUGCAAACGGAAGGGGUAAAAAAUCAGCUGAAGAAGAUUCCAGGAUUCUGUGAAGGGGGAUUUAAAAUCAAGGUGGUUGAUAUAAAGGCUGAUAAAGAUUGUGAUGUGCAGGUUGGUUUUAAAGCUGCAUAUCGGAUCAGCUUUGCCUUGGCCAUCUUUUUCUUUGCCUUUUGUCUACUCAUGUUAAAAGUAAAAACGAGCAAAGACCCCAGAGCAGCAAUACACAAUGGGUUUUGGUUCUUCAAAAUUGCUGCCAUUGUUGGUAUCAUGGUUGGAUCUUUCUACAUUCCUGGGGGUUAUUUCACUACAGUCUGGUUUGUUAUUGGCAUGCUUGGGGCCUUUAUCUUCAUUCUUAUCCAGCUGGUGCUGUUGGUAGACAUGGCUCACUCUGUGAAUGAAUCAUGGGUGAAUCGAAUGGAAGAAGGAAACCCAAGGUGCUGGUAUGCUGUUUUACUAUCUGUCACAAGCAUCCUGUAUACCUCUUCAAUAAUCUGUGUCAGUUUGCUCUAUAUAUACUACACCAAACCAGAUGGCUGCACAGAGAACAAGUUCUUUAUCAGUAUUAAUCUGAUCCUUUGUGUUGUGGUUUCUAUUAUAUCCAUCCAUCCAAAAAUUCAGGAACACCACCCUCGUUCUGGCCUCCUGCAGUCCUCCAUCAUCACACUCUACACCGUAUACCUUACAUGGUCAGCUCUGACCAAUGAGCCUGAUCAAUCCUGCAACCCAGGCCUGUGGAGCAUCAUUACACACCUGACUGCACCAACCUUGGCUCCUGCAAAUUCAACUGCUCUGGUCCCUACCUCUGCUCCACCAACGCAGAGUGGGCAUCUUCUGGAGAAUGGGAAUUUUAUUGGGCUGUUAACCUUUGUUCUCUGCCUUGUGUAUUCUAGCUUCCGCACUUCUACCAAUAGCCAGGUAAGUAAGCUGACCCUGUCAGGAAGUGAAAGUGUGAUCCUCCGUGAAACAUCUACCAAUGGUGCCAGCGAUGAAGAAGAGGGACAGCCCCGGCGGGCCAUGGACAACGAGAAAGAGGGCGUUCAGUAUAGCUACGCCAUGUUCCACCUGAUGCUCUGCCUGGCUUCCUUGUACAUCAUGAUGACCGUGACUGGCUGGUACAGCCCUGAUGCAGAGUUCCAGAAUGUUACCAGCAAGUGGCCAGCUGUGUGGGUCAAGAUCAGCUCCAGCUGGGUCUGCCUCCUCCUUUACGCCUGGACCCUUGUGGCUCCAGUUGUCCUCACCAAUCGAGACUUCAGCUGAACCUGAGUGCCCGGGACACCACAUAAAGGUUCCCUUUGCGGAAAGCCCCUUUACUUUUGCUUCAACUAAAAUAUUAAGUGAAUGCUUUGCAAAGUUGACUAUAUCCAAGUGUAUAGCCCAAGGCAAGAUUGAAUUAUGAUUGAUACAGGAUCUGAAUUUUUUAUUUACAUGUACAUUGUUUAUUUUUAAGGAUAUAUAGUGCAAAGGGAACUUUUUGCCUUGUAAAGCUAACUACAGCUGUGCUGUGAAGAGAGUUCUUUAUUAAGACCUGUAGGUUCCUACAACUUUGAUUUAAAAUAGAAAAAUAUUGGAUAUUUGAGGCCAUUGUUAAUAUAUUUCUAUUGCAAUAUCCUUAAAGAGCAGGGAAAAAAAGUAAUAAUGUACUUCUAUGACAGUUUUCCUCUGUGAAAGUCUUUACUUGUUGAUACAAGCAUUCUGUUCAGUCUGUAAACUCUUACGAGGAAUAGCAUCAUAGCAAUUGGGCGAAGGAGUAUGUGUGGCGUCCUUCCCCAGAAGAGGGGCUGCUGAUAGGGCUGCUGCUUCUGCAUCUUGAGACUUCGUGUUUUUUAUACUACAGCAUUGACACUGCUCGAUUCAAGUAUGUGGCUUUGCCAGAACAUUAAUUUCAAUAAAUGCUUUGUAGGUUUGGUUAAAAAUGAGAACUCACUUAGGAAAAAACUGCAACUUUAGUCUAUGUAAUUAUUUUGUUAUGAGUACGUAAAAGUAAAAUGCAUGUGAAUUUACUAUAUUUGCACUAUAAGGUAUUUGAUUAAAAUAGACUUACACUUGGAAGGCCCUUUAACAGCUUUUAUGAAUUAGCAGCCAUUCUAUAUUUUUUAGACUUAUAUAGGCAGUCAAUUAUCAGCAGAAUGCAUCUAUUCCUUCUAAAACUUAAGGGCUGGUGAGUAAAGUCUUGGAACUCAUUCCCAAAAGUGUACCAAUAAAUACCUUCUCUGGGUAAGACGCGGGGGUAGGUGAUAGGCGGGGGCAGGGACUGGUGGGAACCCUCCAGGAGAGGGAGCAGGCAAGGAGAUAGAGGUCUGUUCUUUUAGCCAAGAUUUACUGUCUGUUCUUUCCCAGCCCAUCAGGUUCUGGGAUACAGCUUUAAGAAUGACAGACACUUGACUGGUACAAUGUGGUGUGAUUAGUCCUGUGACUUAGGAAUUGCAAAGGUGCCCAGGUGGGGGUGUCAUGGUAGGCUUCCUGGAAAAAGGGAUGUCUAAGCCAAGAAUUGGUAGGAGUUAGCUAAGAGAUGGGAAGUGGGACGACAGUGCUGGAAAGUAGACAAGUCUGCAUGUUAAAGGCAGGGAGAUUGGUAAAGACUUGUUUAGUAAAGCUGGACUGGGGAGAAAUGGGCAGGGACUGGGUUAGGAAGGGCUUUGUAAACCACACUAAAGAGUUUGGACCUUACGUUGAGGGCAGUGGGGAGCAUAUUCAUAGUGGCAUGAAUAAAUUGUGUCUUCAUUCACUGUACAUAUAGAGAAUGGGUUUAGAGAGAGAAGACCAGGGUAGUCCAUGUAAGAUUUGAAACAGAGAAGUAAACAUAAGGAUGGAGAGAAAUUGACAGCUCAGAGCUGCUUAGUAAUUAAAAUUUAAAAAUGGGCAGGUGAUUAGAUAUGGGGGAGAAGUAAUUCCUGAGUGACUCUGGUUUAAUCACUUGGGUCAGUGGUGGUUCGAUAUGUAUGGUGAGGGGCAGGAAGAGGGACAAGGUGUGUUAGAAGGAUGGAGGUGUGGUCCCUAAGGAAUGGCUAAGAGCAUAUGCUUGGAAGUCCGACUGGGUUUGCAUCAGUUUUGCCAUUUUCUACUAAGCUUUAUGACCCUGGGUGAUAACUACCUGUCUGAGCCUCAUUGUUUUCUUUGUUUGAACAAAAGAUAGUACCUAGUACAUAAGAUUGUUUAGAGAGUAAAGCUAUUUUGUCAAGUGCUUAACCCAUCUUAAGCACUCUGGUAGUAGCUGGUAACCUGAAUAUGGGCUAAAAAGCAACUGGACAAUAUUCAGAGUCAUAGAUUUUCAGCCAAAAUCUAGUGCAGGCUAGAAUGAGGUAUUCUUACAGAAUUAAACAUAGAGAACAUAGAGGGCACAAUCUCAGUUGGGGUGCAGGUGUGGGGGGUAGGGAAGCAGGGCUUGAUAAUAGGAAUUGUUGGAACUACCAUCUUUUAAACCAAUGGUUAAUGUUGGGGUACAGAGAAAAGGUAAAGGAUUUGGGGGGGCAGAUAGGGCAGGUUUAGCCCUUUUCCAGUAACGCAGAUACCCCACUUUCCUUAACAGCAGGACCACCCAGAUUAAACCCAUUAAAGGUCCUAAACUUCAGAAACAUGUACACCCCUUCCCCACCUUAUAUAAUUCAAAAUAAAAGCAAUACUAAACUGUAAAAUAGGUUUCAUAAGAUCCAAUAAAGUUUUUAAAUUUUUUCUUA